AUGGGUAGAGCAAAUUAUGGCUACUAUAGGAGCACUAUAUUUUUGGCCAUGUUUGUUGGCUACACACUUUACUACUUCAACAGAAAAACAUUAUCUUUUGUGAUGCCUUCGCUGAUGCAGGAAAUUGAACUGGACAAGGAUGAUCUGGGCAUGAUAACCAGCAGUCAGUCUUUGGCCUACGCUAUCAGUAAGUUCAUCAGUGGAGUCCUUUCAGACCAGAUCAGUGCCCGCUGGCUUUUCUCCAUUGGAUUGUUUUUGGUGGGAGGCAUCAAUGUGGUCUUUUCCUGGUCAUCCACUGUGGCCGUGUUCUCUGCCCUAUGGUUCCUCAACGGCUUGGGCCAGGGCUUCGGCUGGCCUCCCUGUGGCAGGGUGCUGCGCAAGUGGUUCGAGCCCUCUCACUUCGGAACAUGGUGGGCAAUCCUGUCAUGCAGCAUGAAUCUGGCCGGCAGCUUGGGCCCGAUUAUCGCCUCAGUUCUGGCCCAGAGUUACAGCUGGAGGACCAUCCUGUGCAUGUCCGGAAUGAUCGGUGUCGUACUCUCCUUUGUUUGCCUGUUGGUAAUCAAAAAUGAACCCAAGGACGUGGGGUUACCUAAUCUUGGAGUGGCAGACAAGAAGAGCAAAGGGGAGUCUUCUAGCAAUGAGAGCACCCUGUCUGAGUUCUUGCUCUCACCUUACCUGUGGCUCGUUUCCGUGUCCUAUCUGGUGGUUUUUGGGGUGAAGACAGCCUGCACCGACUGGGGACAGCUGUUUCUCAUUCAGGACAAAGGACAGUCUACGCUAAUGGGUAGCUCAUACAUGAGUGCGCUGGAGUUGGGAGGCCUUAUAGGCAGCCUGGCAGCAGGUUAUUUCUCUGACAAAGCUGUGGCCAAACAAGGCAUAAAAAUGUACGGCAAUCCUCGCCAUUAUGUCCUGAUCCUUAUGAUGGCAGGCAUGUUCGUGUCCAUGUACCUGUUUAGAGUCACAGUCACUCCAGACAGCCCGAAGGUGUGGAUACUCUUUUUGGGUGCUGGUUUUGGUUUCUCCUCCUAUGGGCCAAUAGCCUUGUUUGGUGUGAUUGCCAAUGAGAGCGCUCCGUCCAACUACUGUGGGACAUCACAUGCUAUUGUGGCCCUCAUGGCUAACAUCGGUGGCUUCCUCUCUGGGCUUCCAUUCAGCACCAUUGCCAAACAUCAUGGCUGGGAAACGGCCUUCUGGGUUGCAGAGAUUUUCUGCGGCAUCACAGCUGUCUGCUUCUUCCUGCUGCGUAACAUCCGCUCUAAGAUGGGUCACGUAUCUAAGAAAUCAGACUAAGACAUGCUAAUUUCCCUCAAAAAGAUAAAUAUGAAGCCUUUGUUGUAUUACCCUGUUUUUUAAACACAUUUUUAUACUCCUCGUGUUAUUUUCAGCAUGAAAAAUGAAGCUGGGGAUGAAGCUGGGACAUGCUUUUAUCCAAAAACUGCUACACUCUCAAUUUAACUAUACAUUUAUCUGAACUUCAACUUUGGAGUUCCUACCAGAGAGGAGUCGACUCAAGCAGCUAAUUAUUUUAAUAACAGAAACUAGUCCUAAUAUUUUCAACUUUUUAUAAAAUAAAAAAUCAAGACUUGAAUAAAUAAUUGUGGCCUUCAGUGUUAUGAGUUACCUUGCAAACAAACCUAACAGUUGAAAUAUUGAGUUUAAUAAAAAUUUACCCAAAAAAU